GCUUCUAUCUCGGAGCGCGGUGGCAGCUGGAAUUGCAGGGGUGGGAAGGGAGCGUGCGAGCGGGAUCCCGAGCCGCGGAGCACGCUGCCCCUCGCUCCGCCGCGGAUGACUUGGGAGCUCGGGUCCAAGUGCCGCCCAUGCAGCAUCCCUGCCCUCCGCCGCCCGAGAGUUGAUGAUAAAACACUUAACCGUCUCCGCUGCGGGAAGCCAUGAGCUGUCUGGAUGUUAUGUACCAAGUCUACGGUCCUCCCCAGCCUUACUUCGCAGCCGCCUACACCCCUUACCACCAGGGUCUGUCGGACUCCAGAUUUCUUCCGAGCCCGGUGCUGGCGCGGGAAGAUGCGAGCAAAGCUCACGCAGGGAAAACCAAAAUUUGGUCCCAAAGAAACUAGCCUAUUACUCCAAAAUGCAGGAAGCCCAGGAGUGCAACGCCAGCCCCAGCAACAGCAGCGGCAGUGGCAGCUCCUUCUCCAGCCAAACUCCGGCUAGUAUAAAAGAAGAAGAAGGCAGCCCGGAGAAAGAGCGCCCACCAGAGGCGGAGUACAUCAACUCCCGCUGCGUCCUUUUCACCUAUUUCCAGGGAGACAUCAGCUCUGUGGUGGACGAGCACUUCAGCCGGGCCCUGAGCCAGCCUAGCAGCUAUUCCCCAAGCUGUACAAGCAGCAAAGCCCCGCGGAGCUCUGGGCCCUGGCGGGACGGCUCCUUCCCGAUGAGCCAGCGCAGCUUCCCCGCCUCCUUCUGGAACAGCGCUUACCAGACGCCGGUGCCCGCGCCACUGGGCAGCCCUCUGGCCGCCGCUCACUCGGAGCUGCCCUUCGCCGCUGCCGACCCCUACUCGCCGGCCGCGCUGCACGGCCACCUGCACCAGGGCGCGGCAGAGCCCUGGCACCACGCGCAUCCCCACCACGCGCAUCCGCACCACCCCUACGCGCUGGGCGGCGCCCUCGGCGCCCAGGCCGCCGCCUACCCGCGGCCCGCCGCCGUGCACGAGGUCUACGCGCCGCACUUCGACCCGCGCUACGGGCCGCUGCUGAUGCCCGCCGCCUCGGGGCGCCCGGCCCGCCUCGCUCCCGCGCCGGCCCCCGCGCCAGGCAGCCCGCCCUGUGAGCUCUCGGCCAAGGGCGAGCCGGCCGGCGCCACGUGGGCCGCGCCCGGGGGACCUUUCGCGAGCCCCACGGGGGACGUGGCCGGGGGUCUGGGCCUCAGCGUGGACUCAGGUUUGCAGCCUCAGGACAAAAGCAAGGAUCUGUACUGGUUUUAGACAACCCACCUUCUUCCCUGUAGGUCUCUGCAUAGCGCAAUUGGUGACACUCAGAGCUGAAAUCAAGUGGGUUUGUAACAGCUUCUGAUCUUGGUUUGCAGCUCGUCGUUAUUCCCUCUGUGGUGCAUCCCUCCUGAGCUGAUCUGCUGACCCAGGGUUUCCCCUUCCCUUUCCCUUCUGACCAGCCAUGGAGGCUGGCAUCUGUGCCUCUCACUUCAUGGAUGAGGACAUGGGGGAAUGCAGAGACUUCAAACUUCUCCGUGUAUUGGGAAAACCAGAACACACAUCGACAGAAUUUUCAUCUAAAAAUAAUUCCUUCUGCCAAAAGAGGAAAUCCAAAGACUCUGAAUGAUGCUUAAUGACUUUUGGGCAAAUCACUGGAAAUAUCCAUGGUGAUCACUUAGGUGACAUGAUUCAUAGUUUUCUCGGAAAGAGGGAAAGAAAAAGAGAUGUUUUGGUGUGAAUAUUUUUUAUGCUGAUGUGAAUUAUUUCAUUAAGUAGUGUGAUCAUAGCACUGCAAUGUCAAUAUCCUCAGACUGAAAUGUAUUUGUAUUUGCAUCAAAGACUGUGGUAGAGAAGUCAAAAGAAGCCAAUUCCUUCUUCCUCACCUGUAGCCUCCAGCUCCUUUCCUGCCCACUCCCUCCCUACAACACCCACUCCAGACACAAAGACACACUUUCUUCUUCGGACUGUGAACGUGGAAGCCUCAGCCCGAAUGUGAGCGGCAAGUGGCGAAUCUGGAGCCACCUGCCCGAGUCUUACUGAAAUGCAGCUGUUGUAGGACAACUGUUUAAAACUCCAGAAAUACAUCGACCAAAGGGGGCACUUCCCAGUGUUUGGCACAGCAAUUGCAGUUGCACUGGAUAUGUUUUAUACGUGUGUGUGUGUGUAUAUAUCAUAUUUUUUACAAAGAACAUUUUAUGAUGAAAGAAGAAGCUCUCUCUGCCUUCUCUCCCACGAAUUCUGUCCCUCCCUCUAUCCUUCUUUGGGUGAAAAAAAGUAAGCAUCAAGAGGCCCCAGUUGUCUCCAAGAAGAAGAACUAGGAGUCACCACAAGGGGAAGAGAUGCCCAUGGAGUCUCUGGUACCUCGAAUAUUCUUCUCAGUCUCUGUGGUCAUGAUUUGGUCACUUUAGUGUUGGGACAGGGGAAGGGGUACACAUGUGGGCAAAACUGAAGGGGAUGAGGAAGAAGAAACGAACAUUAAAGAUGUUUGUUUACCACUA